CUCAGUGGAUUCCCAAGCUCGUCGGCGAAAUGACGUCUCCCUUCGACGGCGUUGCCUGCCUCUGGCUGUCACUGAUCUGGAUCCAACUGGGUCUCAUCAAUGCUGGCCUGGAGUUCCUCAAGGAUUUCGUACCCCUUCAUCUGGUGCGGCUGAGGGAGAUCGAGGACGAGGAGCGGGAAAUCCAGGGCGAGUGCACCCUGGGAGCCAUCAGCAUUCGUAUGUUCGCCUUUUAAAGACUGCUUGAAUUAUUAUUCAAACUCAUUAUAAUUACCUACUCUGACUACCUUAAGUUCUUAGUUAUGUUAACAAAGAAAUGAAAACAUUGAUUGUAUACCUUUAAGAAUAGUAUUGCUAGUACUAGCACGUUUCCAUAUAAUCUUAUCUCUUAACUAAAAAUAUUCGACUCGAUUGUAAAUGUAGCAAAUACAAAGUAUCAUGGAAUGAAACUAGUUUUUUCCGAUCAGGUUUAGGGCUGGUAAACUGACUCUAAUAAUAAUACUAUAUUUUUAUAUGAUAUGUGCACAAUGCAUUUUUUCAAGAUUCUUUGUAUUUAUUUAAACAUCAAAGGUUGAUGACUUUAGUAGGUAAAAGGUAAAUAGUAAAGAUAAUACAUGCAAUCAGUAGAGAAAUGCAAUCUCAUUGUGAGAAAUGUUGGGACAUUUGCUUAAAGCCAAAUCAUUCUUGAAUUCGAGUUCUUACAAAUUUCUGCUGGAUGCACGGAGUAGUUAAUGCAUUCCAAGCUAAGGAAAUUUCAUUUAUUUAUUAUGCAUCUCUAGGUU